GGCUGCACUGGCUCCCUACCUUGCUGCGGAUUGGCUGAGACUUCCACCUCUGCACUCUCAUCUUGCUGGGACACCUGCACUGCCUGUGCUCAGCUCUUCCACACUGACCAUAGCGGGACCGGAGGAUGCCCAUGCAUGAGCACUUGGUUGAUAAGAUGAGGAAACACUCCUACUUUGUUUUUCUAUUCUGUGGGCUAUUUUUGCCUGGAAUCCUUGGUUUUCCACAGACAAAUAGCUCAAUUGAUUGUGGUUCCCUGUUACCAAACCAUGAAGCUAAACCGCAGACAACUGCACCACCGUUUCUUAUCGUUGCAUCAUUUGAUAACUUUGAGCCAGGAAAUGAAAUCCCAGUGACUCUGGAAGGACUGAACGGUGUUGGUUUUAAAGAAUUUCAUCUACAAGCUCGAGAAAUAGAAGGAGAUGUUCCUGUUGGUACUUUUAAUAUUACAGAUUCAAACACUAAGGGCUUGGAAUGUCAUAACGUGACGAAUUCAGCAGUAAUUAAUGCAAAUUCAAAUGUGAAGCAGAAAGUUACAACAAAAUGGAUGGCUCCGCAUGGUGUUAAAGAUCUUCGAUUUACUGCAACUGUAGUUCAAGAUCUAGAGAAAUUUUGGGUUGGAAUUCAAAGCAAAACUCUCACACCUAUGAGUUCUGCAUCAGUUAAUGUGACAGGAAAAAGUAAAAGGAAGCUUAUGAUAGCACUAGAAUGUAACAAGCGUGGAGGGACCUACACACCACAAGGCCGGUGCAUCAUGGUUGGACCUUCCAGUUCAUCUCAGAACAGCUAUUCAGGCAGUCAGAGUGGAACAGUCUACACAAUAAGCACGAGUGGAUGUGGCCCUGGAGGUGCUGCUGGUACAUAUAGUCAGCACGCCUGCAGAGAUAGUGCAUCCAGCAGUGGUCUUACCUAUGGUCAGUCUGUUCCUUCAAGCACUUCAGAUGCCAGUAAGAAGGUAGUGGUUGUUGCCAACAGCAACCCUUUCCCACCUGUGCGUCAUACCUACCCCCAGAGUUUGGGAAGUUCUGCUACUAGGAUCAUAAUACAGAGUGGACAAAGACAGCAAAGCAGCAGUAGCAGUUAUGUUCAGGGUUCCCAAGGCAGCCAGUCCUUUGGCCAGGGCUCCCAGCCUCAGGGUGGCAGUUCCUAUGGCCAGGGUGGCCCAAUUUACUCGGGCAGCAGUUCUUAUGGUCAGGGCUUCCAGCCUCAGGGUGGCAGUUCCUAUGGCCAGGGUGGGCCAAGUUACUCGGUCAGCAGUUCUUAUGGUCAGGGUUCCCAAGGCAGCCAGUCCUUUGGCCAGGGCUCCCAGCCUCAGGGUGGCAGUUCCUAUGGCCAGGACUUCCAGCCUCAAGGUGGCAGUUCCUAUGGCCAGCAGGGUGGAUCUUCUUCCUCAGGCAGCAGUGGCUGUGGACAACAGGGUUAUUCAUAUGACAGCAAUCCCUGCCACCAGGGUGGAUCAUACUCCUCACAAAACUAUGGUGGUAGCCAACAGAGUGGAUCAUCAUACUCACAAUCUUAUGGUGGAAACCAGGGUGGAUUAUCCUCCUCAGAUGGCUAUUAUGGUGGACAGGGUUCACAGGAUUCAUCAGAUGAUAAUUCCAAUGCUUGUGAUGAUAAUGACACUUCCUAUAGUGCCAAUAGUCUGAGUUCUGGUUGUGCAAAAAAGAAAGUUGUUGCCCGAGACACAUCACAUGUUUUGAGCCAAAGAGACUAUGACGUACAGAAUGACUCAUCUACUUCAAACAGCAGCCACACUAACUUCCAGGGUGGAUCACUUGUUGCAACUGGUGGUGGAUCAACUCAGGGUGGUUGCAUUUGUCCUGAUGGAAGCACUGGUAGCAGACAGGGAGCCCCAGGUUCAUCACACAGUACAUAUUCUGGUAACCAGGGAGGGCCUUUCUUCAUUCCUGGAGGAUCCUAUGGACAGGGUUCUUCCCACAGCUCGUACUCUGGUAACCAGGGAGGCUCUUCCUUCUAUCCUGGUGGAUCUUACGGACAGGGAGCCCCAGGUUCAUCACACAGUACAUAUUCUGGUAACCAGGGAGGGCCUUUCUUCAUUCCUGGAGGAUCCUAUGGACAGGAGGGCCCAGGUUCUUCCCACAGCUCGUACUCUGGUAACCAGGGAGGCUCUUCCUUCUAUCCUGGUGGAUCUUAUGGACAGGGAGGGUCCUCUGCCUAUGACAGCAGCAGUGAAUCCUAUGGACAGGGUGGAUCUUCCACAUAUAGUGGUGCUGGAUCUUAUGGUCAGGAUUCACCUCCCAUACCAAGCAGUGAAAGUGAUCACAGUGGACCCACCUCUCCAUCUGGCAGCCGGCAGAGUGAACGGGAUUUUUAUUCCCCAGGAGGCAGCCAGUCAGGUGGACAUGGAUCAUCUUCUCAAGGUGGUGGCUACACCAGCGGACAGGGCUCAUCUUCAUCAGGAAGCAGUCAGCCUAGUGGACAGGGCUCUUCUUCAGGAGGCAGCCAGCCUGGUGGACAGGGUGGUUGUGACUGUUCUGGGGAAAGUACUAGUGGAUCCCCUACCUUAGUCAGAAGUGAUGCCUCUGCAAAUGACUCAUCUUCUUCUGGAGCCAGCCAGUAUGGCAGUCAAGAUUCAUAUUCUUCUGGAGCGAGCCAGUAUGGUGGACACGGUCCAUCUUCUUAUGGAGGCAGCCAUUAUGGUGGACAAGGUUCACCUUCCUCAGGAGGCAGCCAGCACGGUGGACAGGGCUCAUCAUCUUCAGGAGGCAGCCAGUACGGAGGACAGGGUCCAUCUUUCUCAGGUGGCAGCCAUUAUGGAGGAGGACAGGGCUUUUAUUCAGGAGGCAGCCAGCCUAGUGGACAGGGUGGAUGUGUGUGCCCUGGUGGAAGUCCAGGUUCAUCAUAUUCUGGAAGCAGUCAGUAUAGUGGACAGGGAUCUUCUCCCUCAGGAAGCAGCCAGUACGGUGGGCAGGGCUCAUAUCCUUCUGGAGGCAGACAACAUGGUAAACCAGGUUCAUCUUUCUCAGGAGGCAGCAAUCAAGGAAAGCCAAGCUCUAGCUCAGGAAGCAGUUCUUCUGGGAAACCGAAUUCACCUUCCUCGGGCGGCAGUCAAGUGAGCUCUGCUGGGAAACACUCCUCUCCCGGACUCCUGCUGUUAUGCAGCAUUUUGAGUGCCUUUGCUCUCUCUGCUGCUACAUCAAAAUGGUCUAUAUGAACUUCUGAAGAGCUGCUUGGCAUCCUAGACCAGGAUUAGACUCAGUAAUGUUAGAUUAAUUACUUGAUGUAAAAGAAAAAUACCCUUAAGUCAAAUUGGCAGGUGCUACUUGGCUGUUACAAUGUAUGUCUAUAGCUAGUGUGUCAUGCCUCUCGUUAGUUUACCUCUGGUUUUAGUCAUUAGCAGAUAUCGUUAGUUUUGUCAGUGAUUUAGGCAUCAUUUUAAGACAGGGUAUUGUACCCUACCUCUAUGAUUUAUUAUUGGUUUUAUUUCCAAUGGGGAAUGCAAUGAACAUCUACUUGCAAUCUGAUUGUUGUGACAAACAUACUUAGAGAAUAUUUGGCUGUUAACUGAAGUGGAGGAGGUCAAACAAAUUGUUUACACAAACUGAGCACUGUGCCUCAUCAUCAUCACAUCAAAUAAGGCUAACGUAAGCAUCUGAUAAGCAGUCCUCCAUGGGACACAAGAAAAGAUGUUAAAAUAAUAUCAGAGUAUUGGUUUUAGUCCAUCGGAAUCAAAUGCAGCUCAACAGAGGUUGCAAGGUGGAAAAAAAAAACUCUGUGGGGCUGAAAUUUUGGAAGAAUAAGCAAAGUUUAUUCAUUAGAGAAGCCAAAUAGCUCAGAGCAAUGACAUACUGACUCUGUUCAAACCGAUUGCAAAUACCUAGAGUUCUGUAGAGAAGCAUAUGAGGCAAUGCACCCCAAAUUAGGCUUACAGCCUAGAAGCUGGGAAUUUAAUUAAGUUCAUAAAAGUGAUGGUAUCUUGGCUCCUUUUCUCAAGUAUUUAGUCUGACCUGUGAUAACCCAUGUCUCUGCAAGUUUAAUGUCAAGACUGAUGCUGACAUCUGCAAGCAAGCAGAGUAAAUGUGGCCACAGAAAGACCAUGGACCAUUGUUGAGUCCAGGAGUAGUUCCAUAUCUUGCAGCAAACCCUGUUGGAGCUGCCAGAGCUGCCUCCUGUUUAUGCAGUGCCUAUUGCUCUGGCACUGUGGUUUGUCCAACAUUCUGCUGCUCCUACAGCUCCCACAUCAGCGUUAGCCAUGGGUUAAGCUCGUUUGGUGUUAACAAAGCGCAUUGCCCCAAAGCAUACUUCUAAUUAAUGUCUUGUUGAAAGUGUGCCUGACGUUAAAAUUAUAUUUAUUAGUAAAACACUUGUCUCCCAUGGUUUACAAUUGUAAUAGAGGAAAUAUAUUUCCAUUUAUGUUCUGCAACCAAGUUCAGAGGGGCUGGGACUUCAUGUUUGAUAUGCUGUGCAGGCCACACUAUCCUUUGCCAUCCAUCCAUAAAUCAACCAAAGGGUUGGAAGUUGUAACUGAAGCAUAACGAGUUUCAUCUAAAUACAAUCUUCAACAGUUGGUGGAUGAUUUCUUUUCCUGCGACACGCAAUAGGGUUCUCUUUGGGAGGUCUGUAUUCUAACUCGAACCAGUCUUGCCUUUAAUAAACAUACCACAGGUUUCCUUCACCUCCUUGAGUCCCUCACUGCACGUACCCUCCAGAGAGGCUGUUCCCAUUGAAACAGCCUUCACAUCUCCCAAGCCAGUGCAUUGCUCACCAGGAAGUGGUGGUUGGCUGCCUUUGGGCGUCCUUCCACACGCGGAGGCCUGAUCACACUGCCAGGCAGCAGUGUGGGUAACACUUCACACAGGAUCCCCCUGCCCUGUCCCCUGCUUCAGCCCCAAAUCUUUGCCUACGGCCCUGUUUGCCCUUUCUGCCUUGCGUCCCUGUUCCUCAGGUGGUGGCCCCAACACCUUAGCCCCUGCUAAGCCCUACCCACCUCCACUGUAAACUCGUAGAACCACGAAGGGUGAAAAAGAUUUCUAAGAUCAUCAAGUCCAACCAUCAGCCCAACACCAUCAAUGCCCACUAAACCAUGUCCCACAGUGUCACAUCUACAUGUUUCUAGAACGUCUCCAGGGAUGGUGACUCCACUGCUUCCCUCGGCAGCCUGUUCCAAUGCUUCACCACUUUUUCAGUAAAGAAUUUUUUUCUAAUAUCCAAUCUAAACCUACUCUGCCACAACUUGAGGCCAUUUCCUCUCAUCCCAUCACUUGUUACUUCAGAGAAAAGACCAACUCCUGCUGGCUACAACCUCCUUUUGGGUAGCUGUAGAGAGCCUUAUUGCCUCCUGCCAACCUCCUUUUGUCCAGACUGAGCAGCCCCAGUUUCCUCUGUGAAAAACACUUAUUCAAUGGUAAAAUACUGAAAAGGACAAAAUCUUUGAAGCGAAGACAAUAAUAUUUUUAUUUUACAAUUCAGCACUGAAUCAGAUGCCAUGAUAAAAAAGGCAUCCCAUCUUACAAAAGCAGUGGGCAUAUAGACUAGUUUUAGACAAAGAAACAUCGAAGUCCCCAAAGAAUGUUUAUUUUGUUAGGUUAUCCAACCAUGCCUGGAGAUUCACUUUGGGUUAUCUCUUGACCUAAGACCACUACAUCUUACAGGACAAUUAAGCAUAUCAAUA